GGAACAUCAUGUUUUAUAUGUCACGGCUGAGUGGAAUGCUGACUAAAAGAAGGCAAGUGAAAGAAAAGAAGCGGCAAAAGUGAACAUUUCAACGGACAAAUUGUACUCUUGAAAUGUUUUGUGUGUGUGCAGUUCCGCCGAGUGGCAAAAGGGGGCGGCAGAGAGGCGGGGCUUCUGUCCAUGGUGCUGAAGGUUGGAGCGGAGUGUCCAUCAAGUGUCGUCCAUCCUUCCUUCCUUGCUUCCUUCCGUCCGUCAGCUGCUGACUUGGCCGCGCACCUCUGCUCUUUUCCCGCACGGCUGCUCGGACAUGUCGGCCAACUUGUGAAGCUCGGACGCUCCAUUAAAGGUCGGCGCGGGAGGAUGUCGACGAGGACGAGGCCGGGGACGAGGACGAGGAGGGGGAGGGGAGGGCAUUAGUCUCCAUCGAAGGUCUGCUUCUGUCAACUCCACUGGCGCGGUGCCUCUUUCAGAUGAGCCAAGACACCGCAGAGACUCGAACACGAACACGCUCCAAAGGCAUUCCAGUUCUGUCCGAGCCCUCAGGACAUGAGAUGAAGCAUGAGUUGAGCAGCAGUUGUCCCACCCCCGGAUGUGAUGGCAAAGGUCACGUCAGUGGAAGAUACUUAAGGCAUAGAAGCGCCCUGGGAUGUCCAACCGUGAAGAGGAGGAAGCUGGAAGAGGCUGAGGAGAACCAGACUACUCCCAAGAAGAAAGGCCAGUCUGCUGUAAUGGAGGAGGAAGAAGAAGUGUUCACACCACACCACCACAUCGAGCAGGAAGACAACGAGCUGGAGGAGGAGAAAGAAGAGGAAGACCUCCAAGAGAAGAAGAAAUGUCUUCCAAGCAGCGAACCAGAAUCAAUACCAAACCACUGUUCCCCAUUUAUGAAGGAAGACAAUGUGGCAGAAACUGUGGUCUGUUCCACGACGAGAGAGGAGGACAGCAUCACGGUGGAGACGGACAAUGAAGUUGUGACCGAGAAAACCGGUAAGGACGAGACGUCGGUGAGCCCGGAACAACUGGCUGAGGAUAAUCAUGAGGCAAGCAAUAAUAGGCCGGACACAAUCCAAGAUAGAGAGACAACGGGGCCGAGGGAUUUUGGGAGAACUGAACUGGAACAUACAAAAGAAGAGGAGGAGGACGAAGAAGAAGAAGAGCAGAUUGAAGAACAUCAGUUUGUGGACAACAGAGCAGUAGGAAGGCAGAUGCUAAGCCAGGAAAACUCAGACCAUCAAUACUCCACAGGUCAUUACAACCAUCACCAGGUCAACCAGUCAGCAGAAGAGCAGAGAAGGAGGGAGCUGAAGGAGGACGAGGAGGAGGAGGAGGAGGACGAUGAAGAGGAGAGGGUCCAACAAGAGGUGGAUACUCUUUACUCCAUGAGUCCACACAGUCAAACAUCUCAGGAAUCUCUUGAUGAAGAAAAGGUCUGCUCUCCCAUGACUGAAGAAGACACCAAGGAGGAGGAGGAAGCAAGAAAGGUGCCGGCGGACGAAGAGGAGGAGGAGGAGGAGGAGGAGGAGGAGGAGGACCAUUGUUCUGGCAAAGUCUCCCCGGCCACUGUGGUCAUUGAGGUGCGCUCCGAAGAGGACGACGACGAGGAAGACGACGACGAGGAAGAGGGGCCCGAUUUUAUCUCGGAGGGUUCCGGGAUCACCGACGAUUCGGAGAACUGGGACAUGACUCGAGGCAACCUGGGCCUGCUGGAGCAAGCCAUCGCCUUGAAGGCCGGCGAGGGGACGGAGGGUCAGAGCUCCCAGGACUACCAGAACUACGACAGCCCCGGCAAGAGCUCCGACGGAGCGGUGCGGCGCAGCUCUCACUACAGCAAAGACAAGAAGGAAGUGAAGUGUCCAACCCCCGGGUGUGAUGGCACCGGUCAUGUGACCGGGCUGUACCCUCACCACCGCAGCCUGUCUGGAUGUCCUCAUAAGGACAGAAUCCCCCCCGAGGUCCUGGCCAUGUAUGAGAACGUCCUGAAGUGCCCCACCCCCGGCUGCACAGGCCAAGGUCAUGUCAACAGCAACCGCAACACACACCGCAGUCUGUCCGGAUGCCCCAUUGCUGCUGCAUCCAAGCUGAACAAGAACCCAGACAAGCAGGUCCAUCUACAGACCCCAGUCAGUGAACCCACCUCCAACUCUGACAGAGUGCUCAGGCCGAUGUGUUUCGUGAAGCAGCUGGAGAUCCCGCAGUACGGGACCUACGGGCCCAACACGGUCACCACCACGCCUCGGGCCAACCUGGCCAAGGAGCUGGAGAAGUACUCCAAGGUGUCUUUCGACUAUGCAAGCUUUGACGUCCAGGUGUUUGGAAAGCGUAUGCUGGUUCCAAAGACCACCGCCGCUGAAACCUCACCCAAAGCCUUCAAAACUAAACCCUUCAUCAAGGCCUCCUCUCCAAGCCGGACUGGACCAGGAGCCGUGGCCAAGACCGCCUUGUCGUCCAACGAGUACGACUGCAGUCAAGAUGCGGAGGCGGCACACAUGGCAGCCACGGCCAUCCUCAACCUGUCCACUCGCUGCUGGGAAAGACCCGAGACCCUCAGCGCCCCCCCCAGGGAGACCUGCACCGAGGAGGCCGACAUUGAAGUGGACGAGAACGGCACCUUGGACCUCAGCAUAAAGAAAAGCAAGAGAGAGAGCGUGCAGUCACCGGAGCCUUCAUCGUCCUCGUCCUCAUCCUCCCAGCACGCGGGGGGUGUGUCAUCUCAGGGCCACACCCAGCCUGAGUGGGAGGGGCCACUGGACUUCACCAAGUCCAGCAGCGUGAAGGAAGAAGGCCACGAUGAGGUGGAUUAUACAGUUACCUCAUACACUUCAUCUGACGUUGAGGACGAGGACCAGGACCAGGAGAACUUGGAGGACAGGAAGUACCCUGGGGAAGUUACGACCAGCAGCUUUAAGGUCAAGUUUUCACCUAAAGACUGCAAAAAAGAUAUUCUUGUAUGUCCCACGCCAGGCUGUGAUGGCAGUGGACACAUCACUGGCAACUAUGCAUCCCAUCGAAGUCUAUCAGGCUGUCCUCUUGCAGAUAAAUCACUACGGACACUCAUGGCUGCCCACUCGGCUGAACUUAAGUGUCCAACUCCUGGCUGUGAUGGAUCAGGCCAUAUCACAGGAAACUAUGCCUCGCAUAGAAGUUUGUCCGGGUGCCCUCGAGCCAAGAAAGGUGGAGUCAAAUUCAACCCCGCAAAGGACGACAAGGAGGACUCGGACUUGCUGCGGUGUCCUGUCCCCGGCUGUGACAGCCUGGGCCACAUCAGCGGCAAGUACGCCACACACCGCAGCGCUUACGGCUGUCCUCUGGCCGCCCGGCGCCAGAAGGAGGGUCUUCUUAAUGGCACUCCUUGCUCGUGGAAGACUUUCAAGACCGAGGGCCCCACCUGUCCCACACCUGGCUGUGACGGCUCCGGACACGCCAAUGGCAGUUUUCUCACACACCGCAGUCUGUCAGGUUGUCCCAGAGCGCUGGCCAGUAAGAAGAAAGCCAGGUUCCCAGGAGACGAGUACAUCACGGCCAAGUUCAGAGCCAGUGACGUUCUGGACAACGAUGAGGACAUCAAGCAACUCAACCAGGAGAUCAACCAGCUGACUGAGUCCAACUCUGAGAUGGAGGCUGACAUGGUCAACCUGCACACACAGAUCUCUUCCAUGGAGAAGAACCUGAAGAGCAUGGAGGAGGAGAACCAGCAGAUUGAGGAGAAAAACGAGGCCUUGUUUCUAGAAUUGUCCGGUCUGAGUCAGGCGCUCAUUCACAGCCUGGCCAACAUCCGCCUGCCCGCCAUGCAGGAGCCGCUGUGCCAGGACAACUUUGAGGGCUACGUGGAGACGCUGACCCACAUGUUCACCAACAAGGACCCGGAGAACCGGGCCCUGCUGGAGUCCAUCAACCAGGCGGUGCAGGGCAUCCAGGUGUGAGGGGGAGGCAGGCAUCCAGGUGUGAGGGAGAGGCAGGCAUCCAGGUGUGAGGGAGAGGCAGGCAUCCAGGUGUGAGGGAGAGGCAGGCAUCCAGGUGUGAGGGAGAAGGCAUCCAGGUGUGAGGGAGAAGAAGGCAUCCAGGUGUGAGGGAGAAGAAGGCAUCCAGGUGUGAGGGAGAAGAAGGCAUCCAGGUGUGAGGGAGAAGAAGGCAUCCAGGUGUGAGGGAGAAGAAGGCAUCCAGGUGUGAGGGAGAAGAAGGCAUCCAGGUGUGAGGGAGAAGAAGACAUCCAGGUGUGAGGGAGAAGAAGACAUCCAGGUGUGAGGGAGAAGAAGGCAUCCAGGUGUGAGGGAGAGGCAGGCAUCCAGGUGUGAGGGAGAAGAAGGCAUCCAGGUGUGAGGGAGAAGAAGGCGUCCAGGUGUGAGGGAGAAGAAGGCAUCCAGGUGUGAGGGAGAAGAAGGCAUCCAGGUGUGAGGGAGAAGAAGACAUCCAGGUGUGAGGGAGAAGAAGACAUCCAGGUGUGAGGGAGAAGAAGGCAUCCAGGUGUGAGGGAGAAGAAGGCAUCCAGGUGUGAGGGAGAAUAAGACAUCCAGGUGUGAGGGAGAAGAAGACAUCCAGGUGUGAGGGAGAAUAAGACAUCCAGGUGUGAGGGAGAAUAAGACAUCCAGGUGUGAGGGAAGAUGAAGAAGCUUCUUCUGCCGGCUGCCAUCCUUCUCUCUCCUCUCUCCUCUCUUUUCUCUCCAUGUCUUUGCGCAUGUUGCUUUAGUUGUUGGGCCAUGAGAACAUAUCUGUGUGAUGUCAGUGGUUAUGUCCAGUAGUUGCACACACUUCUUGUGACUAGUUAUCUUUCUUCUCCAUGUCAUCCAUCAUCUUCUUUGACUCUGUUAGCUGACAACUUUCCUCUGCACUGAUGAACAAAGGACAUAUUUUAAGAUAUCAACUAUGAAUUGUUUUAUAAAGUUAUUUAUUUAAAAAUGCUGGAAUCUUUUUACAGUAAAUGCAAACAUUUUGUAUAUGAAGGUUUUGGAACAAGCUUUUUAUUUAUGUAUUUAUUGGUGCUUCUGUUCUUAUGAUUUUGGACCACUGAUGUGUUGGAGUACUUUGCAGUUGACGGAAAAUAUUGAAGUGCACUAAUUUGUAGGCUGAACAAAGUGAUGCUGGUUCUGGUUCUGGUUCUGGUUUUGUGAUGACGACUGUGUGUGUGGACUCUGUGCUAGUUUUUCAAUAAACCUCCACUAACUAAU